ACCUUCCUAUGCUUCCACUAUUUACUCAUAUUCUCCAUCAUGCCGAAGCACAACCUAAACAUAAACCUGCAAUUGUUGAUGUCCAAACUAAAACAUCUUAUUCCUAUCGCCAUCUAGUUUCAGAUAUUGUAGAAUUAAGAAAACUAUUAUUAAAAAAUGCAGGUACUUCUGUUGAGGAUUUAAAAGAGACGCGAGUUGCUUUUUUGUGUCCAAAUGGAUAUGAUUAUGUUGUAUCUCAAUGGGCAGUUUGGUCUGCUGGUGGAAUUGCAGUUCCAUUAUGUAUAACACAUCCACCCCCUGAACUUUUAUAUGUUUUGAACGAUUCUCAAUCAACAAUAGUAAUUACGCAUUCAGAUUUUCAAGAAAAAAUAAAUAGUAUUGCUUGUGAAGCAGGGAUUAAAAAAGUUAUUGUAGUCUGUAACAAGGACAAAAAAUAUAGCCAAUAUGAUGGUAUUAACUUCAAAGUAAUAGUAUCAACUCAUGCAAAUAUUACUGCUCAAGUUAAAUCUCUUGGUGGUGCAUGGAGAUGGAGUGAUAAAGAUAAAAUUUUACAUGUACUGCCUUUACAUCAUUUGCAUGUAAGUUAUACUACACAGUCAUGUUCACAGUUUAGAUUAAUGAUUUCUGGAUCAUCAGCACUUCCUAUUCCUAUUAGAAAUUCUUGGAAAGAAAUUAGUGGUGGAGUUGUGUUAUUGGAGAGAUAUGGAAUGAGCGAGAUAGGAAUGGGACUAAGUCAUGAAUAUGAAGUUGAAAAAAGAUUUGAGGGAUGUGUUGGAGUACCUUUACCAGGUGUACAAGUAAGAUUAAUAUCAGAAGAUAAUAAAGAUAUUACUAUGUCAGUUGAACAACCAGGGGAAUUACAAAGCGGAUCAUAUAAAAUUUCAGCUUUAGAGAUUGAGAAAGAAUUAUUAUCACAUCCUGAUAUACAAGAAGUUUCUAUUGUAGGUGUUGAAGAUUCAGAAUGGGGUCAAAAAGUUGGUGCUAUAGUUGUUUUAAAAAAUCAGAAAUCGAAACUAGAUUUAAAACAAUUAAGAGAAUUUGCAAAAGAUAAAUUAGCACAUUAUAAAGUACCUACAUUAUUAAAAGUUGUAAAUGUGAUGCCAAGAAAUGCAAUGGGAAAAGUCAACAAGAAGGAACUGGUUAAAAUUUUUGAAGAUUAA